AUGAGUGAACAAACUUGUGAUACUUUACCGCAAGGUGCUUUUAGUUUCCCCAGAGAGGAGAACGAAGUUACCAAACAAUGGGAGGAGAUUAACGCAUUUCAUAGGUCCUUAGAAUUGACUGAAGAUUUACCACCAUUCGCCUUUUUUGAUGGUCCGCCAUUUGCCACCGGUACUCCCCACUAUGGUCACAUCUUGGCCUCUACCGUCAAGGAUAUCAUUCCUCGUUAUGCAACUAUGAAUGGUUAUCAUGUCGAAAGAAGAUUUGGUUGGGAUACUCAUGGUUUACCAGUAGAACAUGAAAUUGAUAAAAAAUUGGGUAUUACUUCGAAGGAAGACGUAUAUGCCAUGGGUAUUGACAAGUAUAAUGCUGAGUGUAGAUCAAUUGUUAUGAGGUAUGCUGAUGAAUGGAGAAGAACUAUCAAAAAAUUGGGUAGAUGGAUUGAUAUGGAUAACGAUUACAAGACCUUAUACCCAGAAUUUAUGGAAUCUGUAUGGUGGGCAUUCAAACAAUUAUUUGACAAAGAUGCUGUCUAUAGAGGUUUGAGAGUCAUGCCUUAUUCAACUGCAUGUACUACUCCAUUAUCCAAUUUUGAAGCUCAACAAAACUAUAAAGAGGUUAAUGAUCCUGCUAUUACCAUUGCAUUCCCAUUAGUAGAUGAUCCUGAUACAGUCUUGGUAGCAUGGACCACUACUCCAUGGACAUUACCUGCCAACAUUGCUUUAGCCGUUAAUCCAGACUUUACCUAUGUCAAGAUUUACGACGAGAACGCCAAGAAACACUACAUAUUAUUGGAAGCAUUGAUUGGAACCUUGUACAAAAAGCCUGCUCAAGCUAAAUACAAAGUUGUUGAAAAGAUUUCCGGUAAGGAUUUAGUCGGAUUGAAAUAUGUUCCAUUGUUUGAUUACUUUUAUGACACAUUCAAAGACUACGGAUUUAAAGUUAUUCCUGGAUCUUAUGUUACCGACGAUUCUGGUACCGGUAUUGUCCAUCAAUCUCCAUCUUAUGGUGAGGAGGAUUUCAACUGUGCUACUGCUGCUGGAGUCAUUAAUGAAAAGAGACCACCACCAAAUGUCGUUGAUGAUACUGGUAAAAUGACCGCUGAUGCCAAAUUAGUUUCAGGAAUGUAUUUCAAAGAUGCCGAUAAAGUUAUUAUUAAGAAAUUAGUUGAAGAAGGAAGAAUAUUGGUUAACUCUCAAGCUAAACACUCGUAUCCAUUCUGUUGGAGAUCAGAUACCCCAUUAAUGUACAGAACAGUUCCUGCAUGGUUUGUCAGAGUUGGAGAAAUCAUUCCUGAUAUGUUGAAGAAUAUUGAAAAGACUCUGUGGGUGCCAUCAAAUGUUAAAGAGAAACGUUUCUCCAAUUGGAUUGCCAAUGCUAGAGAUUGGAAUGUUUCUAGAAAUAGAUAUUGGGGUACACCAAUUCCAAUUUGGGUCAGUGAUGAUUUUGAAGAAAUAGUUUGUGUGGGAUCUAUUGAUGAGUUGAAGGAAUUAUCCGGUAGAGAUGAUAUUACUGACAUUCACCGUGAAAGUAUCGAUUCAAUUACCAUUCCAUCUAAGAAGGGUAAAGGUCAAUUGAAGAGAAUCGAAGAAGUGUUUGAUUGUUGGUUUGAAUCUGGAUCUAUGCCUUACGCUUCAAAACAUUAUCCAUUUGAGAACAAACAAAAAUUCCUUGAUGCGUUCCCAGCAAAUUUCAUUUCAGAAGGGUUGGAUCAAACUAGAGGUUGGUUUUAUACAUUAACGGUAUUGGGAACUCAUUUGUUCAAUACUGCGCCUUAUGAAAAUGUUAUCGUUACUGGUAUUGUUUUAGCUGCUGAUGGUAAAAAGAUGUCGAAACGUUUAAAGAACUAUCCUGAUCCAACAUUGGUUUUGGAUAAAUAUGGUGCUGAUGCAUUAAGAUUGUACUUGAUCAACUCACCAGUAUUGAGAGCUGAAACUUUGAAAUUCAAAGAGGAAGGUGUCAGGGAAAUCGUUUCAAGUGUUUUGUUGCCAUGGUAUAAUUCAUACAAAUUUUUCAAAGAUAGUGCUGAUUUAUUCAAAAAGAAUACUGGCGAAACUUUUGUCUACGAUGCAAAUUUGAAAUCAACCAACAUUAUGGAUAGAUGGUUAUUAGCCUCCAUUCAAUCAUUGAUCCAAUUCAUUCAUGAAGAAAUGAGAGGCUAUAGAUUAUACACAGUUGUUCCUAGAUUAUUGGCAUUCAUUGAUGAUUUGACCAACUGGUACAUUAGAUUCAACCGUCGUAGAAUCAAAGGUUAUUCCGCUGAUGAUGUUGAAGAUACCAAGAAGGGACUCAAUACAUUGGCUGAAGCUUUAUUGAUUAUAUCAAGAGCUAUGGCUCCAUUCACUCCAUAUUUGGCAGAUGGUAUUUACCAAAGAGUUAAGGAAUACUUUACUGAAGAAACCUUGAAUGGAAUUGUUGUUAACCCUAAGCACAAGGAUUUGCGUUCGGUACAUUUCUUGCAUUAUCCACAAGUACGUCAAGAAUUAUUUGAUAAACAAAUUGAGGUUGCCGUCGGUAGAAUGCAAAAAGUUAUUGAUUUAGCCAGAAACAUUCGUGAAAAGAAGAUGAUUUCGUUAAAAACUCCAUUACAAGAAUUGGUUAUCAUCAAUUCUGAUCCUGAAUUCCGUAAAGAUGUUGGAUCAUUGAAAGGAUACAUUAGUGAUGAAUUGAAUGUUCGUGAUAUUAUCAUAACUGACGAUGAAUCGAAAUAUUCCGUCGAAUACUCCCUUGCUGCAGAUUGGCCAGUCUUGGGUAAAAAAUUGAAAAAAGAUGCCAAGAGAGUUAAAGCUGCGUUGCCUAAUGUAUUAUCUGAUGAUGUUAAACAAUUUGCUUCUACGGGUAAGAUUACCGUUGAUGGAAUUGAUUUAGUCGCCGAGGAUUUGCAGGUCUUGAAGGGAUUGUCAGAAUCGAAAAUAUCUCAUGGACAAGAAUUUAGAUCUUACCAAGACUUGUUAAUCAUUUUGGAUAUAAACAUUCAUCCUGAAUUGGAAAGUGAAGGGUUAGCUAGAGAACUUUUGAACAGAAUCCAAAGAUUGAGAAAAAAGGCAGGAUUGAAUUCGACUGAUGAUGUUUUGGUUAAAUAUAAAUUAAUUAAGGAUAAUUGUUCAUUUGAAACUGUUAUUGACCAAAAUAAAGAUUUGAUUAUCAAGACUACAAAGUACCCCGUUGAACCAGUUGGAGAAGAUGCCAGUGCUGAAGUUGUUAUUGUUGAUGAAGAACAACAAAUUAAUGAUACUGUUUUCAACUUGCAAUUGUUGAAAUUAUAG